AUGCCAGUUUCCUUUAACCUGAAUCCAGAAUAUUCAAAUGCGACCAAUAGCCCUUCUCUAUCCCAAUUGAACAAUUUUAGUAAUGAUUAUCAUUCUAUGGACAACAUUAGUAACAAUUAUCAUUCUAUGGAUGAUAGUUCUGAUAGCGAACUUAGUAGUGCCGAUUUUGAAGAUUCAGGAGGUUAG